UGUGCUAGCACACCAAGAACGCAUGGCGUGAAGAUCAUCAUCAUGCGAGCACAGUUUCAUUAUACCAGAAGAUCCAUGAUGCUGCGACGUUCUUGUUUCAGGAUCUUGUGGAGCUUAAUUUGUCAAUGUUGAAUGUGAGGAGAGUACUCACGACCACGAGGACGGUCUUUAUGACUAAAAAGUGCUACUUAGUGUAUGAGCAUGAGGUGAUUAACUGGAAGUGUAGAAUUCUAAAGCGUAAGCGAACUACGUUUACUACCAGUUCUCUCAAAGCAAACGCAGGCCGUCUUGUCCUUGAUUCUUAUACAUCUGUAGCCGUGCAGUAAACUAAAGCUUAAUGCGGUACUACUAGUGCUCUUGUCAGACUUGUUGUCCUGUGAUCCAUCAUAUCCAGUUUUGAAAUUUUUGUUUUUUUCUGCCAGAGUGUAACUAGAGCUCACUCGCUGUCUUGAUCUAAGUGAGAAGCAGCGCUAGUUUGCCAGGUUCCGUUCGACGACCACCGGGAACACAGUCCGCGCGCAUACAACUCCAAUCCCCGCCCAGCAAACCCAAACUUUCACGAUGGGUGGAAUCUGCGGAAAAACCGAAUAUCGCCUCGCUGACGACGGCGAAUGGUAAAGUAGAAUUUGUUAUGGUAGGACGGAAUAUCAUCUGCCGCCAGAGGCUUUUCGUUGUAACGCGUGACGAUAUGAGAGUGCACUGCACAAUUUCCCCUCCCUCGCAUUUGUACGGCAUGAAUAGCAAUAGAUGUGCAGGCUUUUCAUGACAUCAUCAGGGAUUUGUAGUGCUGGUGGAGCUCCUGCUAGAACCUGUCAUGCUAAAGGUGCCAAGAGGAAAACAAAGGUUAAGUAUCUACUGGUAUUUUGCAUGACAAGUGAGGGGGGGUGCUGUGCACUUUCACGUGAGAUGGGCAAGAUCUAGAUCUUUACACAGAAUGUUGAAGUUGAACCAGAUCUAAAAACCAAAAAAACGCCUAGGUACAACGAAGAAGAUUUCAAAAAGCACUAUGGCAACCACGAAGCCGAGUUUCGGUGGGACCAGGCGCCGGCGCAGCACGAGAAGCGGUUGGGGUCCGAUGGGAAACCCCACGACGCGAAGUGGAUUUUUCAAGAUAACUUGGACAAGGGCGGACAAAAUUGGAAUUACGCGAAAAAUGGGUUCAAGCCAGGCUGGACCACCGCGCCAAAGUGCUGACAAUAGAAUUGAGGAGCCGACAGGUGGGGUGAGGGAGCCAAAAAUGGUCCUGAUUUUUGAGGUUCGCUGUUGCGCGUCACAGAACCGUCGUCGAGCUACAUUUUUACAAAGUGCGUGCCCGUGGUGAGACCAAGUCGAAUAGAAUUCCUAUGUGCUCAUAUAACGCAACGCACAGUUAUGAAUGAAGUAGAUUCAACAGCUGUGCUGGUGCUUCGCCUCGCGCAUCACGAGAGGAAUGAAUGAAGUACACACUUAUCUUCAAUUUUUGGAAAGAUGCUCUGUGCAGCUGAAGAGGGGUGCUAUGCUAU